AACCCAACACAUGCCCUUAGGACUCCCUAACGAACGUCCCUAGAGCCCGGACCCGUGGAGGUAGACACUCCCUCCGUCCGUCUGUCAUUGCUGCAGCUGAAGCACUAAGAGGAAGCCUAAAUUCGAAUCUACUGGCCCAGCCUGUGGGGCACCUUAUUGGGUUUGCCAUGGAAGAGCAGACCAGAGGGAGCAGAGGCCUUCGGGAGAAACCCCUCCCUGCUGCCACCCAUCCCUCUCUGUCCUCACUGGGCGCUGUAUUCAUCCUCCUGAAGUCCGCUCUGGGCGCCGGCCUGCUCAACUUCCCCUGGGCCUUCUACAAGGCAGGAGGCAUGGUGCCCACCUUCCUGGUGGCACUGGUAUCUUUGGUCUUCCUGAUCAGUGGCCUGGUCAUCCUGGGCUAUGCAGCAUCUGUCAGUGGCCAGACCACCUACCAGGGUGUGGUCCGUGAGCUAUGUGGCCCCGCCAUGGGAAAGCUGUGUGAGGCCUGCUUCCUGACCAACCUGCUCAUGAUCUCUGUGGCCUUCCUCAGAGUGAUCGGAGACCAGAUGGAGAAGUUGUGUGACUCCCUUCUGCCUGACGCCCCACGGCCCUGGUAUGCAGCCCAGAGCUUCACUCUGCCCCUGAUCUCUGUUCUGGUCAUCUUUCCCCUGUCAGCACUUCGGGAAAUCGCCCUCCAGAAGUAUACCAGCAUCCUAGGUACUCUGGCUGCCUGCUACCUUGCUCUGGUCAUCACAGUGCAGUACUACCUGUGGCCCCAGGGUCUCAUACGCCAGCCCGGUCCUUUGCUGAGCCCAUCUCCCUGGACCUCUGUGUUCAGCGUCUUCCCUACCAUCUGCUUUGGAUUCCAGUGUCACGAGGCUGCUGUCUCCAUCUACUGCAGCAUGCAGAACCAGAGCCUCCCCCACUGGACCCUGGUUUCUGUGUUGUCCUUGCUGGCUUGCUGCCUAGUCUACACACUGACAGGGGUUUAUGGCUUCCUGACUUUCGGGCCCGAAGUUUCUGCCGAUAUCUUAAUGUCCUACCCAGGCAAUGACACAGCCAUCAUCGUAGCACGUGUUCUCUUUGCGGUCUCCAUUGUGACUGUCUACCCCAUUGUGCUGUUCCUGGGGAGGUCUGUGAUGCAGGACUUUUGGAAAAAGAGCUACUGGGCCACAAGGGGGCCCCCAGUGCUGGCUGACCCCUCGGGGCCUUGGGUUCGGCUGCCACUGACCUUCCUGUGGGUGGCGGUGACUCUCGCCUUGGCUCUGUUCUUACCGGACCUCAGCGAGAUCAUUAGCAUCAUCGGUGGCAUCAGCUCCUUCUUCAUCUUCAUCUUCCCAGGUUUGUGUCUCAUCUGUGCCGUGGACACGGAGCCCAUAGGACCAAGAGUCAAGUGCUGCCUGGAGGCCUGGGGCAUCUUCUCUGUGCUGGUGGGCACUUUCAUCUUUGGGCAGAGCACAGCUGUGGCCAUGGUGGAGCUGCUCUGAUGGGGGCUGACACAAUCACUCCUGCAUCUGGCCUGAAGACCCCUGUAGAUUCUUGCCACCCAAAGGUACUGCCCUGUCUCUUGAGCAUUGGUCCUCCUACGGCUCACGGGACUCUGGUGAAGAGGGAUGACUGAGACAAGUUACUGCCACGUGGUGACUCAGGACAAUAGAAGCCCAUGCUACCUAAAGCUGGAGUGUGAGCUAGCUGCUUCAGAAGGCUCUGGAAUGCUCUUCCCACUGUCCUUUUCUAGUAGUUGCAGGAGCUCCUUAGUGUCCCUGGCUUGUAGAUUUAUUACUGUAGUCACAGGGUCGACACCUGCCAGCUACCUAGUCUAGACCCAUCUCAAGUUAGUGAGCACUUGUCUGCACGGGCUAUGUGUAAAGACAUGUGUCUUAGUUACUGUUCUGUUGCUGUGAAGAGACACAUGAUCAAGGCAACUCAUAGAAGAGUUCAUUGGGGGCUUACAGGUUCAGAGGGUUAGAGGCCAUGAGCAUCAUGGCAGGGAAUGUGGCAGCAGGCAGGCAUGGUGCUGUAGCAGGAGCUGAGCGUUUACAUCCUCAUCUGCAAGCACAAAGCAAAGAGCACACACUGGGAAUGGUGUGGACUUUUGAAAUCUCAAAGCCCACUCCCAGUGACAAACCUUCUCCAACAAGACUAUGCCUCCUAAUCCUUCUUCAACAGUUGAGACCAACCAUUCAAACAUAUGAGCCUGUGGGAGCCAUUUUCAUUCAAACCACCAUAUCCACUCCCUGGCCGCCGUAGGCUCGUAGCUAUGUCGUAAUGCAAAAUGCAUUCGGUCCAGCUUCAAAAGCCCCCAUCGUUGGGGUCUGACUUAAGGAUAUGUGAGGAUAUAAUGCAUCUGAGAGACAAGCACCAGAACAUCUAAUGUUGCUAUUUCUCAGGAAGUAAAUUUGAAGUGCCCACAAAUGCGGGAGGGGACACAGGAACCCUUGUGACCUUCCUCAGUUUCUAGAAAAUAGUCAUACCUCAGUCAUACCUCAAAAAUAUUCUCAUACCCCAGACAUUUUUCUGAAUAAUAUUGUCAUGCUUUGUAUGAACCUGAACGUGCUGGGCUGUGAAGCUCGUGUCUCUGCAACUGCCCACUCCUAACUCUGUAGCUCAAAGGAGCUACAAUAAUAAAAUGAGCCUUGUUGUGCAAA